AUGUCUAAAAAGCAAGAGUACAUUGCCAAAAUCCGGUAUAGGAAUGAUCUACCUCCACCUUUACUGCCUCCAAAACUUUUGCAGUACCAGUACUCACCAAAUGAAGCAGUAGAUUCAGCCAAAUUGAUCACUUCUUUGUAUACGAAGACCAACGUUACGCCUUUGAUUAAGCUGAACGAGGACUUGAGCAUGCCCAUGGACCUUAUGGAGCUACCAGGACUGUUGGAUCACAAAGACACGAAGCUUUUGCAUGGUUUUGAGAAUAUUAAGUUGCAUCCCGAUGAUCGAGCUUUGUUAAGAGAUCCAAGAGUGGACAAGUUGAUAAAGACAGAUAUGUCGAAAGUGACGUUUUUGAGAAGAACAGAAUACGUAUCGAGCUCACAGACUGCUAAGCCAAGUACAAAGAAAAGAGUUGCAUCAGAAGCGCUGGAAACGGACGACGAGCUUCUAACUCCCGCGCAUCGGGUUAAGAGAGUCGAAAAUACCUUCGAUUUUAUUACAAACGACACUUCUAAGAUCAAACAUCCAAGCAAGAAAAACGUUCAUGCCAUUAAGACGUGGGAUCUGCUUCCGGAUACCACUUCUAUGGACCAAACUUUUUUCACUGUCCGCUUCGUGGGCUCCGCUGCCCUGGAAAAGCACGAAAAAUCCCAACUAGCGCUAUCUACUGCGCUUUUCAGACCUGUUGAGCUUGAGGAGGACGAAUGGGUUUCGCUUUACACUACUGAUAAAAAUAGCUCUGCUGCUUACGAGAAAAAUCUGGAGCAACAAAUUGACGAGAUUGUAGACGAUGAUAGAGUCUACGAGUUCAAGCGCUUGAGAGAUUUUGAUAUGAAGCAUCAACAACCGUCAGGCACUGGUUUGUUCAGCGAAUUGACGCUGCGUUUCAACGACGAUAAGAAAACCAUCUAUUACACGCCAGUACGGUCACGAAUUGAAUUGCGGAGGCGGCGUAUCAACGAAGUUCUCAAGCCAUUAGUACGUGAAAAUAAUUUGGACCAGAUAAAUAUCAAAAUCAGAAAUCCAACAACGCAGGAGACUCGGUCCAGGGAUGGCAUCAGGAUGAAUUUCGAUCCAAUAGAUUUCCCCAAUCUUGAGGAGGAAGAAGAAGAAGUAGACGCAGUGGAAGCACAGGUUGAGGCUCAGGGUCAGACUCAGAACAGCCCACCGCUACACCAAGUAGAUCAACCAGAAAUGUCACACGAGAAAGGUGAAAGUUCCCGUGAGCAAUCAAUGACGGCAGACACCGACUCUGUAGCUCCUGAGGGUCAGUAA